CUAAAUUUUGGUUCAGUUCUCCGUCUCGAUUCGCUUGAUUUUGAUUAAGCAACGAAUUUUUUUAGUGUUUUAGUGAGACGAACAUUAAAAAAAUAAUAGUAAAAUGACCUUUAGAGGGCGAAAAGGACCCUUAUUUUUUGCCCUUUGUGUUCUUCUCCUGAGUUCUUCUGCAUCGGGACAAUCCUGGUCUUCGAAUUAUCAGAGUUACACGUCCCCAAAAGAUGUGAGUAAUAAGAUUGUUGAGAAUUAUGUGGAUCCUGGUGGUAAAAACGGGGUGGAUGGUGGGGGGCAGAUUCAGGGGGACGUUUCUAUCACGGAGGCACCCCAAAGGAAGGAAGGCACAGCGGGAGGGGGGCAGUCGAUGUAUUAUUACGAAAUGUUCCCAGCGGCCGCAGGGGGACAGGCAGCACAGCCUGCAGUAGCACAACAUCAUGCCGGUCAAGGGAGACAAUUGUGUUCUUACACGGAAUCUGGGGCGAUGCGGUGUCAACCGAAAUCGGCCUCAUUCUACCCCACGUACGAAGUCGCAGCGUCCAACGCGAUCCCGCAGUACAGCGGAGGUCACUACUACCGCCGUCCUUCCGACAACCGGCAAAGCUACGGGGUUGAGGAGACCAUGGGUGGGUGGGGGCAGGAGGAGGAAGAGGGCGGUGGGGAGGGUGGGGGUGCCUCCGGGCUCACCGGGCUCCUGGGGGCCCUCGGACUUCUCGGGUUGAAGGGGGCCAAGGGUCUCAUCACGCUGGCCCCGUUCGCCCUGGCGCUUCCAUUCCUGCCAAUUUUGUUGCCAAUUCUCCUGGCGCCCAUCCUCCUCCCACUUUUGGCACUCUUGCUCUUUAUUCCAAUCCCGGUCGUGGUCACGCCGGCGGGAAGAAGUGUGUCGAAUGGAAUUGCGGAAUUUUCUGCGAGGGCGAUAAAAAUGGGGGGACUUCUGCCGGAAAUGGUGACGGAGGUGGUGCAAAGUGAGGAGUGUGUGGAACGGAUAAGCUGCGAGGUGGCGAGGGUCGGGAGGAAGUGGGGGGUUGGGAUGGAUGGCUGGGUUGAGGGAUUAACCUCGAGUCUUCCGAAGGAGAGCAAAUACAAAAAGAAGAUCCUGACAGGGAUGAAGCCGGAUAAGAAGUCGGGGGCAGGGGCGACCAGUCGCAAAACGGCGCCCGAAGACGACACAGAUUGUUCCGUAUUUUCGUGCAAUGCGAAAAGUAUUUUGGCAAAACACAUGACAAAAAUUUAGCAGUCGAAUUGUCUUACAUUUUUUUGCAAAAAAAUGCGACUUUCUUGAGCAAAAUGAGACGAAAAUGAGACAAGGACAAAAAAGUACGCUUUUGACGAGCUACGAAUGACGAUUGACGACAUUUUGACAUGCUUGACGAAAUCACGUGACGUGACAUGACUGAUAAUGACAUGUGACGAAAAUGACACCCGUACUGACUGUACAGACUGACGACGAGAAUUUAAUGACGAAGAAAAUGACACGACAAUGACGAAAUUGACAAACUUUGACGACACUUUACACACUUUUACAAAAUCUUUUACCAGUAUUUUUGGAAACUUGAAUUUAUUAUUAGAUAUGUAAUUUAUUAAAGUUGUUACAUUGUUUAACUGGAUUUAUUGUUGACCAAAUUGGUUGUUAAAAUGAUUUUUGUUGAAAUAUAAAUGAUUUUGUGUAC